CACUCCCAGUGCACGUGGCUGGAGAAAGGGGUGGAGCGAACCUCUUUGUUAUCACGGUACUUAUACGGCUGUUGCGACAGAAAUAUAUACCUUUAUCUAGACCGGUAACUCUAACUUGGAACGGGCUUUCGCGUUCGGCUAGGACAUAGCCAGGAUAAACGUUGCUAACAGAGACAUCAUCCUCGACAAUCUCUGUCUCCCAUUGAAGAUGUUUUCCACGGCCACAAGAAACUUAGUGGAGGAGAUUGAUGAUGGCAGCUUGGUCCCUGUGUCCAGUCUGAUUGACUCAGACAAACUGGUCCCUCUCUCACUGGUUGUGAAACGAAAGCGUUUUUGGAUUUGGCAGAAACCCAAGUACCUGCCCACUGAUUUUACCCUCAGUGAUGUGCUGACUGGAGACACACCCUUAACCCCAGUUGUGGUCAAGACUGAUUUCCUGAAGUACCAAGGGACAUUUGGUGACAACAAAUCAGGAAACAUUGAGUCGAAUUUGGUUGCUGUAAACCUUAAAGUGGAGGGGAAAGACACAUCUAAACUCCAGUCAUCCUUCGGCAGCCUGAAGAAAGAGGAGGUGGAUGUACAGAAGUUGCUGCGCGACUCCAAAGACAAGCUUUUGGACAUGUCCCACUGUCUGAUCCAGCAGACCCGUGAGAAGUCCAGGGAGGUGUUUGUGGUGGUGAAGGAGAGGAUUGUGACGACCCAGCCGUGUUCGGUCAUAGAGGAGGUCCAGCAGGGGGGGCAGUUUGGGGAGCUGCUGAGCUUCUGUGGGCCCAAGAGCACCCAGGUGUCUGUAAAGGAGAACAGCAGCCUGCACAAAGACAGCAACGUGUCUCUGGAGAUUCCUGCCCACACCGUCAUCGCUUACGGCAUUAUUGAGCUGGAGAUCAAACUCAACGGACACUAUGAGCUGUGCCUAAUGUCCGACACUCUUGGGGGGUUCGAGGUGGAUGGGCCUGUUAAGAAGAGCUUAGUGGGGGUGUCUGGCGCUCGCGACGACACCCCAAAGAAGAGCUGCUUUCAGAGAGAACUGGAGAAACUGAGUCGUCAUUUCCAGCUGCUGUCAGUCCUGCCAGCAGACACACGUUCCUCUCUGCUCCAGCUCCUCAAGACAACCAUGGAGGACAGAGAGACAGUCAGUGUGAUGGAGAGUGUGCUGGACCAGAUGUGCACAGGUAAGACAGCUGACCUGGGGGAGGUUAAGGAAGUGUCUCAGAUGCAGACAGUCCAGGCCAUACUGAACCUUCUAGAGCAUUCGGACUCCAGCCCAACACACUUCCUCCUCAGUGAUUCCAGCCAGACACCCUCCCUCAGUGAUUCCAGCCAGACACCCUCCCUCAGUGAUUCCAGCCAGACACCAUCCCUCAGUGAUUCCAGCCAGACACCAUCCCUCAGUGAUUCCAGCCAGACACCAUCCCUCAGUGAUUCCAGCCCAACACACUCCCUCCUCAGUGAUUCCAGCCAGACACCCACCCUCCUCAAUGCCACUCAUCUCAUUGUCAGUGCCAUGGAUGGAAUGACAGAUGAAGGUCUCUCUGUGUUGGGAUCCUGUUGCAGUCCUCCAGUCUUACAGGCCCUGCAGAUCCUGGUGCAGCAUGUGGCAGCAGGGAGUGGGGAGACCCUCUCUCUGAGAGAUGCAGGUCUGGCUGUUCUGACUGAGGAGGAGCUGUAUCAGAGGACAGAGAGUCUCUUUGGUCACUCUGAAGUUACACUGAAGAGAGAGGAGGACACACUGAGGACAGAGAUGAAGGACCAGCCUGGAUACCUUCCUCUAGUCAUGAGUAUCACUGUGAAAGGCCUGGCCUCUUUAGUGUAAGGAGAGACUGAGUAAGAGAGGGAGGAGCGGUUUCCUUCCUCUCCGGCAACUGAGUUAGGAAGGGCGCCUGUAUCUUUGUAGUGACUGGGUGUAUUGAUACACCAUCCAAAGUGUAAUUCAUAACUUCACAAUGCUCAAAGGGAUAUUCAAUGUCUGCUUCUUUUUUUUAACCCAUCUACCAAUAGGUGCCCUUCUUUGUGAACCAUUGGUAAACCUGUGCUUGAAAUUCACUGCUCGACUGAGGGACCUUACAGUUAACUGUGUGUGGGGUCGUUAUUCAAAAAUCAUAUUAAACACUAUUAUUGCACACACA